ACAGAAGUCAAGGCAGGAUGUAUCAAGGGAUUUGACUUUACUGCAUACAUUUAACCUCAAUCAUAACAGUCGUUAAUUUGAACAAAUGCCACUCUUUUCAAAAUAAGAACGGAGACAGGCGGACAGACAGACAGCUAGAUAGAUACACAAACAGGCAGACAGACAGACAGAUAGAUAGAUAGAUAGAUAGACAGACAGACAGAUGAAUGGACAGACAGACAGACAGCUAGAUAGAUACACAAACAGGCAGACAGACAGAUAGAUAGAUAGAUAAAUAGACAGACAGAUAGAUAGAUAGAUAGAUACAUACAUACAAUGAACGUCUUUAUUUUCUUCGUAUCUCGGUGUGUACACUACACAUUACAUCACUAAUUUAAUAAUAGCUUCCGUCCCGUUUAAGGAGUUAAAUUUUUUUUAUUAUUAUUUAUUUUUGAUCGCGUUCACUUCCGUGUCAGGAGCGCUGGACUUCCGGUGCGGCCUCGUUGGUGCUAAAGAUGGCCGGUGAUGGAGGCGCUCUGAAGGAUAUUAACGAGAUCAAGUCGCAGUUCCGCACCAGGGAGGGUUUCUACAAGCUGUUCACGCUCUCGGACUCGCAGCAGCGGGCCGGGUUAGCGCGCGGUCCCGGCGCUGGAGGUGCCGCAGCCGGUGCCACCUCUAUACCGGGGGGCGGCGGCGGUGUGGUACCGGGACCCGGCGGCUCCUCUCCGGCUUCGGCGGGCUUCCUGCCCCCGGUGCGGGUCUCCAUGGUGAAGCUUCAGCCGGAAGACCCGAGCGAGGAGUCCGAGCGUGUGUGCUUCAACGUCGGCCGCGAGCUCUAUUUCUACACGUACACCAAUAUUAAAAAGGCGGUGGAUCUUAGUAAGCCUAUAGACAAGCGUAUAUAUAAAGGGACGCAGCCCACGUGUCAUGACUUUAAUCAGUAUUCAGCGACUGCGGACAGCGUGGCUCUCAUCGUCGGCUUCUCAGCAGGCCAGGUGCAGUACCUGGACCCCAUCAAAAAAGAGACCAGCAAGCUCUUCAAUGAAGAGAGAUUAAUAGACAAAACUAAAGUGACCUGUCUCAAAUGGCUCCCUAAAUCUGAGAACUUAUUCCUGGCCUCCCAUGCUAGUGGUCACCUCUACCUCUAUAAUGUGGAACACCCAUGUGGCACAACAGCGCCGCAGUAUACUCUGCUUCGGCAGGGUGAGGGAUUUGCUGUUUACGCUUGCAAAACCAAAACGCCUCGUAAUCCACUUCUGAGAUGGGCGGUGGGGGAAGGCGGGCUGAACGAAUUUGCGUUUUCGCCUGACGGUGUGCACAUAGCUUGUGUUGGCCAAGAUGGCUGCCUACGUGUCUUUCAUUUUGAUUCAAUGGAGCUGCACGGUGUCAUGAAGAGCUACUUUGGUGGCUUGCUCUGUGUUUCUUGGAGUCCAGAUGGGAAAUAUUUGGCCACUGGUGGAGAAGACGACUUGGUCACCGUAUGGUCGUUUGCAGAGAGUCGUGUCGUGGCGCGAGGUCAUGGACACAAGUCCUGGGUAAACGUGGUGGCUUUUGACCCCUUUACCACCAGCAUAGAAGAAGAAGAACCAAUGGAGCUUAGCGGUAGUGAGGAGGAUCUCCACCAGGGCCAAGGGGCACUAAAUUUUGGUCGUGUGCGAACCAGCAGCACUUUGUCCCGUCUCUCUCGACACAGCUCUAAAGGCGGCGGGCCAUCCGUUUCAUACCGCUUCGGAUCGGUGGGACAAGAUACCCAGUUUUGCCUCUGGGAUCUCACAGAUGACGUCCUGUAUCCUCGACUUCCUCUUUCCCGCGCCCUCACCAACACGUUCGGCUCCAACGUGCCACCUUCCAUUAGUGCGGGGUUGAACAGCACGAGCGGAAGUGGAGGGGUUGAAGGUCAUCAUCACCCUUCUAACACCCACCAGACGGCAUCAUUGCCCCUUCCUCUACCUCGCUCGCUCUCAAGAUCCAAUUCCCUUCCACAUCCUGCUGUUGCAAACGCUUCAAAAAGCCAAGGGGGGACAGAAAGUGGAGGAACAGGAGGAAGCGGAGGAGGAAGCAGUGCUCCAUUUAGCAUUGGACGUUUUGCAACGCUGUCGCUCCAAGAGCGCAAAUCAGACAAGUCCGCCACUGGAGGGGAAAAGGAGCACAAGCGCUACCACAGCCUUGGGAACAUCAGCAAGAGCAAUGACAAGAUCAAUGUAGCACCACGUAGCAACCGAUUGGAUGCCUCUAAGGUGCUUGGAACAACGCUGUGUCCACGGAUGAACGAAGUCCCAUUGCUAGAACCUCUCGUUUGUAAGAAGAUCGCCCAUGAAAGGCUCACGGUUCUUGUCUUCAUGGACGAUUGCAUCAUCACUGCAUGUCAAGAGGGACUCAUCUGCACCUGGGCACGGCCAGGCAAAAUGGUGAGACCUCAAAUGAUGGUAAUGUCUCUAAGGUGUUUUUAUUUAUUUAUUUAUUUUUUUAUAAUCAGUCUUGACAAAUGUAUUUAUGUUUACUUGACUUCAGUGACUUGGUAUUUACCCAAUAAGGAGAAUCAGGUGGUUCGAUCAGGAAAAAGCUUCGUUACGAUUUUUUGCAAAAAAAAAAAAAAGAUGGAGCCACUUUGGAUCCCAUUUAUCCCUGAUUGCAUCGUGACUCUUGCUUAGAUUGCAUUCUUCUCAACCAUUAUCAACACAAAACGGAAACUCGCCCAGUGGAACGGUGGUAUAGCUGGCAGCAAUGCUCCCCCCGCCAACCCCCCCCCCCCAGUCACCUGCACUGACACUUCCUGCUUCCUGUUUUCAGAGGCUUGACUUCCUCUCCUUGAGACCUGGAGUUGGUCUGGCACAGUGUUACCACUGUUGCCUCAUCUUCAUAACCACACAAUCACAAAACACACACAUGCAGCUUAUCUGAGGACCAAUAUACAAAGACGGUGGCACGAACCACACAAAUGUAGAUACUCUUUAUCUUCCAUAUCAGCUUCCCACUAUGUUCCUUUCACUUUUCCUUUGAUGGAAAGGCGACUGAGACAUUCCUUCCAUCAACACCCCCCCCCUUGCCAAAAGGGGAUAAACACUGCAGAUGCCACGACCAUUGUAUCUUAUUUAUUUAUUUUAUCAUUGAAACUGUAGUAAUUUAUAUUGUACAUAUUCAGAAUACUCUAUAAAGGCAGAGGACUAAAUGUAUUGAAAUAACAAACUCAAAUCAUUAAUAUAUGAAAAUCCUAUAUUGUACAUAGUGACAGUUGUGUUUGAAUGUUAUGUUUGUGAAACGUAGGGGAUCUAAAGAGUUAGCGUUUCUGUAUGCUCGUGCUCCCUAUGUUGUUAAGGCCAACGAUUGGGAUUUGAUGAAGUAGCUGCAUUCCGUUUAGACUGAACUGAGAUUUUGCCUUUUCCUCAGACAGCUAGGGUGUCCUGACUCUUAAUGAACACAAUCCUGAAGAGUUCCACGUUCAGCAAGGUCAACAUACCGAGCUAAAAUGCAAAAAUGAGGCGUUUUUACAAGCUUUCUUACGGUUGCUAACUCCUAGUUUUUUCGAAUGAUGUUGGACAAAAAUCAACAUUUUAUUCCUUCAGUGAAUUAAACUAGGCUUUGCAA